AUGAGGUGUGCUUUCGCAGCGACGACGAGCACGCUGUCGGUGGGCUACGUGGACGGCUGGUCGAGCAACGCGCUGCCCUACCUGCAGUCGGGCAACGCGACGGCGGCGGCCGCGGCCGUGGGGGACUCCCCGGCGGCGCCGGCGCCGCUGGACGCGUACGUGUCGCGCCCGCUGACGGACGACGAGGCCUCCUGGCUGGGCUCCCUGGUGGCGCUGGGCGCCAUGGCGGGCUCGCUGCCCGCCGGGCUCGUGGCCGACGCGCUGGGCCGCAAGCCGACGCUGCUGCUGCUCGUGCUGCCCUACCUCGCCUCCUGGGGCGCCGUGCUCGCCGCCGGCAGAUCCCCAGUGACCCCCACGACAGGAGGCAUCGUGUUGUUGUUGGACCCACCCACACAGGCGGUGUGCGUGACGCAGGUGGCGCUGCUGUACACGGGCCGCCUGCUCGCCGGCUUCGCCAUGGGCGCCGCAUGCGUCGUGUCGCCGCUCUACAACGAGGAGAUCUCCGAGGUGGCGAUCCGCGGCGCGCUCGGCGUCUACCAGAACCUCAUGGUCACCGCCGGCGUCCUGCUCGCCUACGUCUCGGGCGCCCUGCUGCCCUACAACGGCACCAUAUUCAUGGGGUGCGUGCCGCCGCUGCUGCUGCUGGCGCUGUUCGUGUGGGCCCCCGAGUCGCCGGUGCUGCUGGUGGCCAAGGGGAAGGAGCUGCAGGCGCGCCGGGCGCUGCGCUGGCUGCGCGGCCCGCGCGCCGACGUGGACGGCGAGGUGGCCAAGAUCAAGGAGCUGGUGGCGGAGUCGGCCUCGCGGGACGGCCACCAGGGGUCUCUGCUGUCGUCGGCCAAGGCGCUGCUGCGGCGCAUGGCGGAGGCCCGGCGCGACGUGCGCGCCCUCGCCAUCGUCUUCGGCCUGAUGUGCUUCCGCCAGGUGAUCGGCAUCAACGCCGUCGUCUUCUACACCGUCGACAUCUUCGCCGUCGCCGACGCCGACCUGUCGCCCUCCGCCGAGACCAUCAUCGUCGGCAUGGUGCAGAUGGUGUCGACGUGCGCGUCGUCGCGGCUGGCGGACCGCGCGGGCCGUCGCACGCUGCUGCUGGUGUCGGCGGCGGGCACUGCCGCCUGCCACGCCGUGCUCACCGCCUUCUUCGCGCUGCACCGCUCGCUCGACCACGACGUGUCGGCGCUCAGCUGGCUGCCGCUGGUGGCGCUGGCGCUCUUCAUGGUGCUGUUCGCGGCCGGCUUCGGCCCGCUGCCCUGGCUCAUGAUCGCCGAGCUGCUGCCCUCCCAGCACAAGCGCUGGGCCGCGGGGGUGGCGGGCCUGCUGAACUGGGUGAUGAUGUUCACGGUGACGCGCUCCUUCGGGCUGAUGCUGUCGCGCGUGGGCGCCGCCGCCUGCUUCGGCGGCUUCCUGGCGUCGUCGCUCACCGCCGCCGCCUUCGUCUUCUUCCUGGUGCCCGAGACGGCGGGCAAGACGCUGCAGGAGAUCCAGGCGGACCUGCGCGCGGGCCGCCCCCGCGGCUCCCUGGUCGCCGGCUCCACCUCCGGGGCCUCCAAGGCGGUGGCCGCCGACUUCUUCCCCGCGGGCAGCUUCCGCUUCCUGUCCCCCGGCGAGAUACACAUCUGA